ACUUGCAUGUCGUCUGAGGUUGGUGUAUUUCAUCAUGGCUGUGAAUUGGGCCGAUAGGAUCACCGCUUUCUCCCGCAGCCCAGCUGAGUUCCUCUCCGUCGCCGCGGCCGAGGCUUUUCUUGCGGAGUUGCUUCGUGAGCUCCGAGACGACAGAGUUAGCAACAGCGUUAAGGUCCAGCUGCUAUCCCCGCUAUGUGAGUACCCAUCGUUGCUGUGCCCCUCAAUCCUGGUAGGUGAAGAGACAGCCUUGGAGCUUUUGUCUGUGUUUGCCCAGUGCCCUCCCAAAUCCUUAAAGUUCAGGUGCCACCUCCUGCUGGCUCUUACUUCUGUGCUUCUCUGCUCCUCCUGCGUGAGCGCUCGCUCCAGUGUGUGUCAAGACUUCCUUGGCCUCCUCCUUCAGAUUGCUGAGGACACGAAUGACCUUCAGGUUGACACUGCAUUGCGCUCUUUGCGGGCCACAGCCUGUGACUGCCUGCGUGAGCUGGAGGCUUGCUGCCCAGGCGUUCUGUCGCAGCACCUGGAACUUCUGAAUGGGCUUAGGCAGCGGGAAACGUCCAGGCUUCACCAAGCAUACACUGUACUCCAUGCCUCGGGACUAAGAAAUACCGUGUAUUUGCUUGCCCAGAAAGCAGGGGCUUGUGCCGAGGAGCUCAAAGCCCUUCUGGGGGGCAAUGCGGUGGUGGCAUGGGAAACAGACAUAGACUCUGGUAUAAUGCAAAGCAAAACCUCCCCACUGCCAUCUCUCCUCAUCUCUGGCCCCAUGGGCACUGUGGUCACCCUGCAGGCAGGAACAGAUUGCAAGGAACUGCGUUCAAUCCUCUCCUCCCUUUUGGAAGAGUCCUACUUGCUCACACCUCUGUCUCAAGCUGCAUUACUACAUGGGCUGAUAGAGGUAGUUGCAAUGGUACCUGGUGUGUCUCCAACAAUUUUCAGAGCUCAACUGCUUCGGCUACUUGGAACAAGCGAGUUGUGCCUCCUCCACACUACUCUGCUGAUGAAGGCUGCAUUCACAGACAGCCUGUUCAGUGCAGAAGAUGAGGCGUUCAUCCUAAAACGGCUGGUUGGGCUGUCUCAGCACCCCCUUCUGAAUACCCCUGAGAAGCUCUUCUAUAUGGACUGCAUUUUACACUUUCCUGAAAACAGGCCAAUCAGUAGUGGGGAUGGCGAUGAAAGCCCACCUGUGCUGUUAACUCCUCGGCUGGUGGCAGGCCUAGCGCCCACUGUGUUCAAUGACAGUGCCAGCAUGCUGGCCCGAUUCAAUCUGCUAUCCCUCGUCUACUUGGAGGAGGGAGAAGAAACAGAAGGAGAGGGAGGCCAAGGACUGGCCUACCUCUAUGAGCACCUCAUCUCCCUUCUUGGCAUGGUGAAAAAUGGGGGCAGCCGAGAGAUGGUGGUGACCUUCUUCAGAGCCUCCUUUCUCUUCCUUUUCCACUUCUGCCAUAUGGAACGCUACUCUGAGAAUCUAACCCAGAGGCUGUGUGAGCUCUACCUCCAACACACCUGGCUGGCCCCGCACCUUAUCAACCUGGGCGAUAGAGCCCAAGAGGGGCUCAGGGAGUCAGGCUGGGCUGUGGGGCUUCUCAGGGCCCUGCAAAGGGUGAUAACAGAGGCCCCUCUGGGCCAGCUUACCUCACAAGACUUCCACUGGCACCUUAAGAUCCUGGCUCGGGUAGCAGACGAAGGGGAGAUCUCUCAGAAGAGCACUCUUGGCUUUCUGUCUUGCAUCAUCACUUCCUCUUCCUCCUCGCUGUGCAUGGGCGGUGACUGGCGCCUGGGAAAUGUGGUGUUGGCUGUGUGUCGGCAGCUGCUGGUCCACCCCAGUCUGGACAUACUGCUCAGCCCUCUGGCUGAUAUCCUGCAGCAUCUCACCUGUCACUACGGAGACACAGACAUUCAAGAUCAUGCCCGCGUCUACUAUACCCUUCUCACUACUCUGUCCCAGGAGAAGCUGGGUGGUGUGUUGGCCCAGGGUGGGACUGAGGGAGGACAGCAGUCUAAGAAGCGUUCUCUGUCUUCCAUUAUGGCUGAAAGUGAAGAGCUGACCAGCACACUAACCAUCCAUCAAACUGAGAGUGCGAUAUUCAAGCUUGUUAAAUUGGACAAUUAUCAACCACAGCAAGGAUCAGACGUUGGCCAGGAAAAUGAAUUUCACACAGAUCUAAACCCAAACAAGACAGAGGUCUGCCAGAGUCAGGAAAAUGUGCUGGAAACCUACAGAGCCCAGUUUCACAAACCUGGUUUUGCAACACAAAUCACUUUACACUACCGGCUGAUUUACACAGACACUGUGGACCCACAAUUUGAUCAACUCUUCAGUGUUCGCCUGCACUUUGACCUCACAGACUGCCACUAUGAGGAGUUGAACGACAUCAGUGUUCCAUGUCUAUUUAGAGAAAGGGCACCACCUGUGGUGAGGCUCAUUCUGAAACCCAAGCAGCCCUACUCUACUACUCUCCGUGCUAGUGCCAUUUUCACCACGCAGGAUGGCCUCUCCUGGCACACAGUCCUACCAGACAUCCAUGUGGCAUUUGAGCAGACAUUCAUGCCUCUCCCUGUUCCCCUGGUCUGGAAAGGAGAGGACAAAUUGAAGGUGUUUGAGGGAUUAUGGCGUGAAAUCUACUCUGGGAAGUGUGGGGACAGAGGUCCGACUGACUGCGCCAUUAGCUUGUUUUGCAGCCAACUGGAAGAUGUGGCCCUCGGUGUGCUGGUGGAGAAGAACUUUUCAGUGUACCUAAUACCAAAUCCGUCUGAUCAGGGGGACUAUAGAGUACUACUUUUCCUCCCACCCCAGUCUCAUGUGCUGCUAAAAAUCACCUCGGAGGAGGAUGCAAUGCAAUUCAGCAUCGCCACUGAUAACUGGCAGCUUCUGCCUUGUAUUAAUUCUUUUCUACAAAACAUUACCAUGUGUUCACAGCAAGACGUAACUGACAGUUAACAAAAAUGCUAUGGGUCUUUUUUUUAAUGAAAUUGCAAUCUUUUAAACAAAUAUUGUUAAAUUUUCUCAGUGCCUUAA